GGGGUGAGCACUUAUGAAUUCUUCUAAUUUCAAAUUUUAAAUUGAAGAUCAACGACUGAUAUAAAAGAUCGUUUCAUACUAUCAGAAAAGUUAAACAGAAGAGAAAUAUUUUCUAUUAUAUUUCAAAAAAUAACCAUGGCAUUUUUUCCACUGAAUGAUCAAAUUCAUAUCAAAUCUUUUACUCCUAGAGAAUACCAAGUAGAGAUAUUUUAUGAGGGUAAACAAAAUAAUAUUAUCUUUUGCUUGGAAAGUAAUUAUGAUCAACUUUUUAUUGCUUUAAAAUUAGUACAAGAAUAUGCUACUAAUAACAGAAGCGUUAAUGGAAAGAAGAAAAAACACAUAAUUUAUAUGAUAUCAGAUAUAGAAAGAUGUCGUCUGCGAACUGUAUAUGUCACUGAGUUUACAGAUAUCAAAGCAUUAUUCCUCGAUGAAUGUACAAAUUUACCAAAAGAAGUCCCAAAUUACACGGUAUUAAUAGGAACUCCUAAAAUAUGCUUGCAUCUAUUUAAAAAAAAAAUACUCGCUGGUUAUGAUGUAUGUCUACUCAUAAUUGAUAACUGCCAUAAAUUCAUAAAAGAUAAAACCGUUGGUGCUAUUGUGAGAAAAUUUGCAUUUGGUAUAAAUGGUCCUAGAAUAAUUGGUAUAGCUGUACCUUUGUAUAAUUUAACAUUAGAACCAGGAAGGCUCGGAGUAGAGAUAUACAGAGCGGAAAGAGCUUUCAGAUGUAAACUUGAAUCAAAUAGUGAAAUAAUAUCAAUACUCAGGUAUUGUCCUAAACCUAAAGAAUAUUUAAUAGAAUAUGGUAAAGGAAAACUGGAUGAACUGAGUAAAAGAAUGGAAGGAUGUGUAUUAGAUGCUAGAGAUUUUUUACAAGAUCAUCGCUUUGAUCCAUUUGAAAUUUAUGAUGAAUCAUAUAUCGAGGACAUUAAAAAAAUGGCUGAUCCCACAAUCAAACCACGCCAAAUAAUAGAAGAAUUUUUAUUAAUAUUAAGAAAUCUUGGAGCAUGGUGUGCAGAUCGUGCAGCAUAUUAUCUUUUAAUACUAAUAGAAAAGUUAAAAGUUAGUACACCUUACGAGAGGAAUUUCCUUCUCUUAAAUAUAUUGACAACAACUUUUACUAAAAUAAGAGCUAUUUUUCAUUACGAAUUGGAACAUUAUGAGAAAGAUGAUAUGGCAUAUAAAUUUAGUACUCCGAAAAUUCAUCGAGUUUUAGAUGUAUUAAAUAUAUACACUCCAUUUUAUUCCAGAUAUAAAGAUAUUAUAGAUACAAUGCGGACCGUUGUUCCUAAGGAAACUGCUAAAGGAAAAAAACAGGCCGAUGAUGUCCGUAGAAGAGCAUAUAGAACGCAACGUUAUCUUCGUGGAAUCAUGGAUCCUGAUUUACUAUGUGGAAUUAUUUUUGUAAAAAAAUCAUUUACUGCUAAAGUUAUAGCAUCUUUUCUAAAUGAUGUAUCUAAAUACGAUGACAGAUUUAGUUUUAUCACUUGUCUUCAUUUGAUCGAAAGUAAUUCUGAUGAUUUUGGUUAUUUUAAAGAUGUAGAAAUACAACUUAAAAAGCAAGAAGAAGUUUUGAAAAAAUUUCGAAUGCACGAAUGUAAUUUAUUAGUAGCUACUAAGAUUUUAGAAGAAGGUAUUGAUAUUCCAAAAUGUAAUUUGGUACUGAGAUACGAUUUUCCCAAAGAGUAUCAAUCCUAUGUACAAUGUAAAACCAAAGCUAGAGCUGUGGAUCCGAUACAUGUAUUAUUGUUACCGAAAAUAUCAGCCAAGAGACUUAUUUGGAAAUUUGCUCUAUUCGGUGCCACAGAAAAGAAAUUAAUAUCAAAAACUACAAGUUAUGAGCCAAGUGAUGAAGAAGAACGUGAAGCAGAUAUGUACGCUGAUAUGAUACCGCAUUUUCAACCACUUGAUACGCCUGGUGCAGUUAAAGUCACUUUCAAUUCGGCUAUUUCAUUAAUAAACAAAUAUUGCGCAAAAUUACCCAGUGAUACUUUCACAAGAUUAACACCAGAAUGGAUUAUUAAUCCUGUAAAAAUAGAAAAUUCAACUUAUUAUGAAUGUAGUUUACGAUUGCCUAUAAAUUCACCACUGAAAUACGUUAUUACGUCCUAUCCAAUGCCUAAUAAAGCUAUGGCUAGACGUAUGGCUGCAUUACAAUAUUGCAUUGAAUUGCAUAGAAAAGAUGAACUAGAUGAUAAUUUAUUACCUAUCGGAAAAGAAAAUUUUAAAGCCAAACCCGAAGAUGCUGAGUUACCUGCUUUGCCAGAUGAAACUGAAUUAGAUGAAAUAGAAGCUCGACCUGGUACAACUAAACGUAGACAAUAUUACGACAAAAAGACAGCAAAGGUAUUAACAGAGUGCAGACCAACAGCUGGUUCGGAAGCAUAUCUAUAUCAUAUAAAUAUGGUACUAAAUUGUCCUUUACCAGAAGAACAAAAUACAAGAGGACGUAAAAUAUAUCCUCCGGAAGAAUCCUCUAUAGGUUUUGGUAUUCUCACACUUAAAAAAAUACCAAAGUUAUGCCCAUUUCCUAUUUAUACAAGAUCCGGUGAAGUUCACGUUAACUUAGAAUUAUCUAAGAAGACUAUAGUUUUAACUGAAACUCAAAUAGAAAGAAUAGCUAUAUUUCUUAAGUAUACCUUCACAAAUGUGUUGAGAUUGCAAAAAUAUUUAAUGUAUUUUGAUAUGGAUAUUUCAGAAGAUUCUUAUAUUAUUGUACCAAUUAAAUUAGCUGCUGAACGUAAAAAUUCCGAUAUUAAUAUUGAUUGGGAUUUUUUGGAUUGUAUUUAUGAUAAUCAAGAUACAUUUCCUGCCGAAGUACCUGAAAAAAAAAGAAAGGAAUUCAAAUUUGAUUCGUCAAAAUAUAAUGAUGCUGUAAUCAUGCCAUGGUACAGAAGUCAAGAUCAACCACAGUAUUUUUAUGUUGCUGAAAUUUGUACCAAUUUAAAUCCCAAAUCUGCAUUUCCUGGUGAUGAUUACAUUAGUUUUGAAGAAUAUUAUCUAAAGAAAUAUAAUGUACAAAUACAAAAUUUAGAACAACCUUUAUUAGAUGUAGACCAUACGUCUGCUAGAUUAAAUUUUUUAACUCCCAGAUAUGUAAAUCGUAAAGGUGUAGCAUUGCCGACAAGUAGUGAAGAAACAAAACGAGCAAAAAGAGAAAAUUUAGAACAAAAACAAAUUCUUGUACCUGAAUUAUGCGUAAUUCAUCCAUUUCCAGCUUCCUUGUGGAGACAAGCAGUUUGUUUACCAUGUAUUUUAUAUAGAAUUAAUGCAUUAUUACUUGCCGAUCAAAUACGUUGUGAAGUUGCACAAACGAUUAAUUUAGGAAAAGCUAAUUUAAAACCAGAUUUUGAAUGGCCACCGCUAAACUUUGGAUGGAGUUUGGCAGAGGUAUUAAAAAAAUCGAAAGAAGCUGAGAAAGAAAAACUUCAAGCAUCUACGACCAAGCUUCCAAUUUUAGAACAGGAAGAUUCUAUUGACGUGAGUGACUUUGAAGAAGACUUUCAUCCUCAUAGUUCUGACAAACAAGAUGAUAUACAACCAAAAAAAGAUGAUAUACAACCAAAAAAAGAUGAUGAAUUGGAAAUAGGUGUUUGGUCAAAUGACAUGGUUACAGAUGAUAUGAAAUUAUUGGAUGAGUCAUUCUUUCCAAUAGGACAUAUAAUUAAAUGGGAUAUUACGGAGUUACAGCUUGGUCAUUCUGAAGCUUCACGGAAAGCCGAUUCAAUAAGCGAUUCUGCUAGUAAUGUGUCUGAUAAUUCUGAUAACGAAAAUACAGGACUAAGAAUUUCUUAUAUGAGUGCUAAUACAGCCGAAGCUGUGGAAGAUCCGGAACAAAUCCGAAUACGAGAGAGGAAUAAAGAAAUGUUGGCGGUGUUAGAAAAAGAACGGAAAAUAUUUAUGGACCAAUAUUGGAUAUAUGUCGAGGGAAGCGGUGGAGGUUUACUUAGGAAGCAUGCGCAAGAACUUUAUGAUGAGGCGGCCAAAAUUCGAAGAAUAUUCAUGAAAUCUGAAUAUUACAUUCCUAUGCAAAAAGAAACUAAAGUCAGUAGAAAAAGAGACAAAGCUGAAGCUGAUACAAUACACGAGAAUUUACCAGGGGAAAAAAAAUCAUAUAAACACAAGGAUUACAUAAGUAAUAUUGUAGAGAAGUUUAAUAAUGAAAUAUUAACUACAGAUUACGUCAAGCCACCAAUGAAGAAGGAAACCAAAGUAGAAAUAACAUAUAUUAAAGAUAAUGAUCUUUUUAGUUUUGAUUUUCAACCAGAAUUGAAGGAUCACCCAGGACCAAGUCCUAGUUUAAUUUUACAAGCUUUAACUAUGUCUAAUGCUAAUGAUGGAAUCAAUUUAGAACGUUUAGAGACUAUCGGUGAUUCUUUUCUCAAGUAUGCAAUAACAACAUAUUUAUAUUGUACCUAUGAGAAUAUUCAUGAAGGCAAACUUAGCCAUUUACGAUCGAAACAUGUUAGCAAUUUAAAUUUGUAUCGAUUAGGAAAGAAAAAAGAAUUAGGUGAAAAUAUGAUAGCUACAAAAUUUGAGCCACACGACAAUUGGUUACCACCUUGUUAUUAUGUUCCAAAAGAGCUUGAACAAAGUAUGAUUCAAACAAAUGUCACCUCUGAAAAGUGGAGCCGACCUAGUACUCCAACUGAAUCUGAUUUAGUUGAUGCAGACGAACAAGAACUUGCUCUUAUAAAAGAUGAAUUUUCUAGUGAGAAGAAAAAGAAAAAAAAAGAUAACUUGCCACAAUACAUGCCAUACAAUUUAAUUACGCAGCACAGUAUUCCAGAUAAAAGUAUUGCUGAUUGCGUAGAAGCAUUGAUCGGUGCGUAUUUAAUUGCAUGCGGUCCAAGAGGUGCUCUUUUGUUCAUGACUUGGUUAGGGAUUCAUGUUUUACCAUCAGAAGAAAUUUGUGUCGUACAAAAAAAUAAACCGAAAGAUGAUUUUGAGCCAGGAACCACACCUUAUGAGAAAAAAAUUACUGAAGAUCGUAAAACCACUUGGGUACGAAUUAAAUAUGGGAAACUAGAAGAACCGCAAAAUCUAUUAAAUACUUACAUUCCUAAUAUGGAAACUGAAUUACAAACAAUGCUCGACGGAUAUGAUGAAUUAGAAAAAAGUAUAGGAUAUAAGUUCAACAAUGUUAGUUAUCUUUUACAAGCAUUUACACAUGCAUCUUAUCAAUUAAACAAUUUAACAGAUUGUUAUCAACGUUUAGAAUUCCUUGGAGAUGCUGUUUUAGAUUAUUUAAUAACAAGACAUUUGUAUGAGGAUGCUCGACAACAUUCACCAGGUGCUUUAACAGAUUUAAGAUCAGCAUUAGUAAACAAUACAAUAUUUGCUUCAUUAGCCGUUAGAUGUGGAUUUCAUAAAUAUUUUCGUCAUCUCUCACCCGGUUUAAAUAUCGUUAUUAAUCGUUUUGUGAGAAUUCAAGAAGCGAAUGGACAUUCCAUUAGCGAAGAGUAUUACUUAAUUGGAGGAUCUGAGUUUGAAGAAGCUGAAGAUAUUGAAGUGCCAAAAGCUUUAGGUGAUGUUUUUGAAUCUUUAGCUGGUGCAAUUUAUUUGGAUAGCGGUAUGUCUCUUGAUGCUGUUUGGAGCGUUUAUUAUAACAUAAUGAAAACAGAAAUUGAAUUAUUCAGUAUAAAUGUUCCUAAAUCUCCAAUUAGAGAAUUGUUAGAAUUGGAACCAGAAACAGCCAAAUUCGGCAAUCCAGAAAAAUUGGCUGAUGGACGUAGGGUAAGAGUAACAGUGGAUGUUAUUAAUAAAGGUGUCUUUAAAGGAAUCGGAAGAAAUUAUAGAAUUGCCAAAUGCACAGCAGCUAAAUGUGCUCUAAAACAAUUGAAAAAAAAUUUUCCGAAGUCAGGAGGAUAUUGAUGUUUUAUUUAUAUUAAUAUAUA